CGUGCGUGAUAUUAGAGCUCUGAGCGGCUCUGAGCUGGAUUGCUGCUCCCCGGCGCCAGCUAGCGUUCUGCUGUUGCAGCCGUCGGUAGGGCAAUGACACGGAGACGCUGUGUUACGUUCCACGCCGUCUAUCCGGGUCGUAUACGGGCAAUAUAAGCUGGUGGCGUUCGGCUGCGUGAUUGCUAGUGUGUCUUUACACCGCUAGCUCACAAAUACCCCUUUUGCCGAGACCACAGCCUGAGAGCCACUAUCCGUCGCCCCACGCGCUGUUCUCAACACUCACUGCACCGUUGUACAGCGCCACGCCACCCACGCGCUGCCAAACGUGCUCUAAGUGCCAAACAAACAAAAAGCUCUCGCAGAUUUAAACCAGUUACGCAGUACGAGCUCGUACAGACAUGGCGGAGCAGCCCACAAACCUAUCGGACUAUGAACUGCAGCGCCUGGCGCAUAUCCGUCGCAACCACGAAUUUCUCGUCUCGCUCGGGUUAGCCGAUGCCGCCGUCGACCCCGUCGAAGCGAUGAGAACCGGCAACAAGAAGAAGCCCUCCAAGCCGAGAGCGCCGCGCCGCCCCAAGAUCGCGCCGCCACCCGAGUCGCUGCGGCGCUCGCCGCGCCUGAAAGGCGAGGAGGCCGAGUUCGGCGCGGAAAUUGUCAAUUCGUUCGGCGACGAGGACGACGAGGUCCGCCCGAAGAAGCGCGCGAGGGCCGAAGAGAUGGACGACGAGGCACUCGCGGAGAUGCGAGCGGAGGCGAUGGCGUAUUUGAAAGAGGUCCGCGAGGCGCAGCUCGUGCUCUCCGUGCCCGAGGGCGGCGAGAGCGGCGACUGGCGCAAAGAGGCCAUCCGCCGCUGGGGCGCUUUAGCUGGCGCGGGCAAGGAGGACCGCGACUGGAAGCUCUUCGUCGAGUCGCGGCUCAGCACGCCGCCGCCGGUCUCGCCGAUCGACUUUCUGCAGGAGUACUACGUGGCGUGCGGUGUUGUCAAAGGUGCCUUCGACCUUAACGCCAGGCGUCGCGUCGAUGGCGUCAGUGACUUACCGCCGGUCUUCGCGCAGGCCGCCGACUCGUGGCGCUUAUUGGUCUCGUGCAUCCUCAUGAGCAGGGUGAGCUCCUGGAAGACCAAGCACGAGUGCAUCUCCGCGUUCUUCGAGAAGUACCCCACUCCGACAGCCUUCGCUGAGGAGUCCGACUCGGCCAACGUGCUGGCGGCCAUCAAGUCGCUCGGGCUCUUCGACGACCGGCUCCGCUCGCUCGUCGCUCUGACGGACACGUUCCUCCGCGGCGCGCCGCUCGAGCCGUCCAAGAAGAAGUCGCCACGCGCCGACGAGUUCAAGGUCGAGACGGACCGCAAGUCGGUGCACAAGGUGCACGGCGUCGGCCCGUUCGGCGUCGAGUCGUGGCUCGUGUUCUGCAAGGACCAGGGCGCCACCAUCAAGCUCUCCAAGGGCGGCGAGCCCCUCGCGCCCUUUGUGGCCUGGCGCAAGCGCGCGGCCAAGGCGGAUGCGAAGAAGUAGGCCCCGUGAGACGCGACUCGGAGACAGAUGUGACUAAACAGUAAUAGACAU